AUGAGCAGCGAUCCCACUACAGGCACCAGCGCGAGCUCGGAGCCCAAGCUUGAGCCCAAGGAGACGGAGCUUGCUACCAACCCGGCCCAAAAAGAUGGCGAGAAGGAGGGAGAGAGCGCGAGCGUAACAGAGACGGCCACAGAAGCUGUGACUUCCGCCGCUACCACUGCUGCUACCACUGCCGCUUCCACUGCUAGCACCGCUGCCUCGGCUGCUACCGCGACAGCCUCCGGCGUCGCCGACAAUGUCUUUGCCAUGUUUGGAGGUGGCGCCAAGAAGGAGAAGAAGGACGAGGAGGACCGUGGUGAUAACUCUGGAAGCGCAAAGGCACAGAAGGCUGCCGCUGCUGAGGAGAACCCAGAGGACGAAGUACCUGAAUCUGAGGAUGUCCACUUUGAACCCGUCAUCCGCCUUACUGAGAAAGUCGAAGUCAAGACCAACGAGGAGCUUGAGGACCAACUCUUUAAGAUGCGCGCCAAGCUAUUCAAGUUCGACAAGGCAAACAAUGAGUGGAAGGAGCGUGGUACUGGUGAUGUCAGACUUUUGAAGCACAAGGAAAACCAGAAGACAAGAUUGGUUAUGCGAAGAGAUAAGACGCUCAAGGUCUGCGCCAACCACUACAUCGUCCCGGAAAUGAAGCUCUCUCCCAAUGUCGGAUCCGAUAGGAGUUGGGUUUGGAAUGCCGCUGCUGAUGUCAGCGAGGGAGAACCAGAGGCCCAAACUCUUGCUAUUCGAUUUGCCAACACUGAUAACGCGAACCUUUUCAAGGAGGCAUUUAUCAAGGCCCAACAGGACAAUGAAGCCCUUUUCGCCAAAGCUUAA